AUGAGUGAUGAUGACACUAAUGACAUUGAUGACAAAGAGGACAGUGAGGAUGACACUAAUGACACUGAUAACAUUGAUGACAAAGAAAACAGUGAUAAUGACACUGAUGACACUAAUGAGACUGAUAACACUAACGACACUGAUGACACUAAUGGCACUGAUGAUACUAAUGACAUUGAUGAGAUUGAUGACAUUGAUGACAAUGAUGACAAUGAUGACAUUGAUAACAGUGAUGACACUGAUGGGACUGAUGACGCUGAUGACACUGAUAACAGUGAUGCCAAUGAUGAAGAGAUUGAAAAGAGACGAAGGUGA